AUGGCAGUGAUGGGGGAUGUGGUCAUCCUCCUGUGCAUUCUGCUAUCAGUUGGCUCCCAGCUGGUGGGGAUGCUGGUGCCGGGCUGGUGGGUCUACCCGGCCAACGACAGUGGCUCCAUCAACGCCAGCACCACGACCUACGGCUUGUGGGUGACGGUCAUUUGCGUGGAGGGCGACUGCAACGAGAUUCCGACAGACACAUCGGGAUCAAACGCCUGGUUGCAAGUAACUCAGGUGUUUGAGAGUGUGGCCGUUGGCUUCUGCCUGCUGGCGGCAGCCUGUCUCGUGGUGACCAACCUGAGAAGCGAGUUAGAACUCUUCCUUCUGCUUCGCCGCCUUUCUGUCUUCCUCCUCGCGGCUUCAGCAACUUCAGUCUUGAUUGGAAUGGCGGUGUUUCUGAAGAAGUCUUCAGGUCUCGCUCGCUACCCGCUGCGCAGCACCUUUGUCGGUCGUCUGGAGUGGCCCAUCGUGUCGGCCUGUCUGACGGUCUUCGUGGCCGUCAUCAUCGGCGACAAGCUUCGCCGGCAACACCAGGAGGACCUCACUGUCUGCCCAGUGCCGUAGUGGUGUCAACCUCGCAUGCAACACAUUCUCAAACAACGAUGGAAUCAUUCUGCCAUGGAUUGUUUGUGCUCGAGCAUCAACAGCCUCUUCAAGACAGAUGAUGACUAAAAGCGUGAGCUUGGCUGCGAGCUUUUGUGCCGAAAUCUCAAACUAUCUUAUACAGUCAAUGAUGACAAGUGUCACAAAUGUUGUCCGUUUAUAAUAGAUAAGAACUCCGUCUCUGAAGUGCAUUCACAGAGCUGAUGUACGAGAAGAGACUUGUGAAGUUGCCGACGAUUUUGUUUUUGGUUAUAUUUGCUUCUAAGGAAAUCAGUAAUUACUCUUUACCGUCGUUCAUUGCUGUAUCAUGUCCCAUAUCUAAUUCGUCAAAACAAUAACAAAUUAUCAUGUCAUUAAGUCGUUACUGUUGCUGUUACUGUUGCUGUUACUGUUGUUGUUACUGUUGUUGUUACUGUUGUGACAUUUCAUGUCACUAAUUCUGCCUGGAUUUGGGUUUGGCAUGUUAAUCAGACUUUAACCAGGAUUCCUGCUCAUAGCACCGAUAUAACUCUUAUACUAUCGACCUGCUUUGUAUGCACUUCCGACUUAUUAGGAGCGUUUAGCAGAAUUAACCCCUGUAACCUGAUAUUAACCUGAUAGUAACCUGAUAGUUUGUGUCGUCAUCAUCUUUAUUGUUACUGCUGUUGCUGCUUACCUACAAUUCUUCUGUUUUUUUAAG